CGGGAUACUUUACUGGACAUGUGAGAAAAGGGAGUUACAAUCGUCGAAUCUUCUGAGCAAAAUGAAGCUUCCCCGUUUUCUUCAUUGCCUUUUUAUCACUUCGUCUAUGAUUUGGCUGAGCGCUUCACAGUCAGUAUGUCCCGGCACAGACAACAAGCUGAGCACUCUGUCGGACCUGGACCAGCAGUACCGGACGCUGCGCAAGCUCUACGAGAACUGCGAGGUGGUCAUGGGCAACCUGGAGAUCACCAGCAUCGAGCGCCAACGCAACCUGUCCUUCCUCAAGUCAAUUCGGGAGGUGACGGGCUAUGUGUUGGUGGCACUGAACCAGUUUGACAGCCUGCCGUUGGAGAACCUGCGCAUCAUCCGCGGAACCAAACUCUACGAGGGCCGCUACGCGCUCGCCAUCUUCCUCAACUACCGGCGAGAUGGCAACUACGGCCUGAGACAACUGGGACUACAGAACCUUACAGAAAUCCUGAAUGGAGGUGUGUAUGUGGAUCAGAACAGGUUCCUGUGCCACGCUGACAACAUCCACUGGCAAGACAUCCUCAAGCAGAAAGAUGCAGACAUUUUGGUCUUGUCCUCCAACAACAGUGGCAACAUCUGUCGGAAAUGUCACAAGUCCUGCACUGGCCGUUGCUGGGGGCAUCAGGAGGACCAGUGCCAAACAUUGACCAAGACGGUGUGUGCUGAGCAGUGUGACGGCCGCUGCUUCGGGUCCUUGGUCAGUCAGUGUUGCCACAGGGAGUGUGCCGGAGGCUGCGCCGGACCCAAGGACGUCGACUGCUUCGCCUGUACAAACUUUAACGACAGCGGGGCCUGUGUCACUACGUGCCCCCAGCCGUUUGUGUACAACCCCACCUCCUUUCAGCUGGAGCAGAACCCCAAUGCCAAGUACACCUACGGGGCUUUCUGUGUCAAGAAGUGUCCACACAACUUUGUGGUGGACCAGAGUGCCUGUGUAAGAGCCUGCCCGAGUACCAAGAUGGAGGUUGAAAGGAAUAACAUCAAAAUCUGCAUUCCUUGCACGGACAUAUGUCCCAAAGUGUGUGACGGCAUAGGCACAGGGACUCUCCAGGCCGCUCAGACCGUGGACUCCAGCAACAUCGAGAAGUUUGUCAACUGCACCAAGAUCAACGGCAACCUCAUCUUUCUCAUCACUGGUAUUAAAGGGGACAGCUACCAUAACAUCGAGGCCUUGGAUCCGGAGCGCUUGAACGUGUUCCGCACAGUCAAGGAGAUCACAGGCUCCCUGAACAUCCAAUCAUGGCCAGAGAACAUGACUGACCUCAGCGUCUUCUCCAACCUGAACACCAUCGGAGGCAGAUCCCUCUUCAGUGGCAUCUCUCUACUGAUCCUGAAACAGCGUUGGAUCUCGGCGCUGCAGUUCCAGUCCCUGGGCGAGAUCAGCGCGGGCAACGUCUACAUCACCAACAACAGCCAGCUGUGCUUCUACAACACGGUCAACUGGACCCGCCUGUUCCGCACCAGCACCCAGAAAGCCCUGAUCCGCAGCAACCGGGACCCCAAAGAGUGCACCCAAGAGCGAAUGGUGUGUGAUCCGCUGUGCUCGGACGGAGGCUGCUGGGGCCCGGGGCCUGACCAAUGUCUCACCUGCCGCUACUUCAGCAGAGGACGCACCUGUGUCCGAUCCUGCAACCUCUACGAUGGUGAGGUGCGAGAGUUUGCCAAUGGCACUGUGUGUCUGGAGUGCGACAGUCAGUGUGAAAAGGCCACAGACAAGACUCUCACGUGCCAUGGACCGGGCCCUGAUCAGUGUGUGAAGUGUCUCCAUCUGAAAGACGGGCCCAACUGUGUGGAGAAAUGCCCCGACGGCCUGCAGGGAGCCAACAGCUUCAUCUUCAAAUACGCUGAGGCCAACAACGAGUGCCAUCCGUGUCAUUCCAACUGCACUCAGGGGUGCACUGGACCUCGCAUCCAAGACUGUGUGGGGAUGAUUGACAGGACGCCCCUGAUUGCAGCUGGGGUGAUCGGAGGGCUGUUUGUGAUCGUGAUCGUGGCUCUCAGCGUGGCGGUUUACGUCAGGCGCAAGAGCAUCAAGAAGAAAAGAGCCUUACGCCGCUUCCUGGAGACAGAGCUGGUUGAGCCCCUGACGCCUAGUGGGACGGCUCCUAACCAGGCCCAGCUGCGGAUCCUCAAAGAGACGGAGCUGAAGAGAGUGAAGAUCCUGGGCUCUGGGGCCUUCGGCACCGUCUAUAAGGGCAUCUGGGUGCCAGAGGGAGAGACUGUGAAGAUCCCAGUGGCCCUCAAGGUGCUCAACGAGACCACAGGACCCAAAGCCAACGUAGAGUUUAUGGACGAGGCCCUGAUCAUGGCCAGUAUGGAGCACCCUCACCUGGUGCGUCUGCUGGGCGUGUGCCUGAGCCCCACCAUCCAGCUGGUGACGCAGCUCAUGCCGCACGGCUGCCUGCUGGACUACGUGCACGAGCACAAGGACAACAUCGGCUCCCAGCUGCUGCUCAACUGGUGUGUCCAGAUCGCCAAGGGUAUGAUGUAUCUUGAAGAGAGACGACUGGUUCAUAGGGACCUGGCAGCCCGGAAUGUUCUGGUGAAAUCUCCCAACCAUAUCAUGAUAACGGACUUUGGGCUCGCUCGUCUUCUGGAUGCGGACGAGAAAGAAUACAAUGCUGAUGGAGGAAAGAUGCCCAUUAAGUGGAUGGCUUUGGAGUGCAUCCAUUACCGGAAGUUUACCCAUCAGAGUGAUGUGUGGAGCUACGGAGUGACCAUCUGGGAGCUGAUGACCUUCGGGGGAAAGCCGUACGACGGCAUCCCGACUCGUGAGAUCCCAGACAUCCUGGAGAAGGGGGAACGCUUGCCACAGCCUCCCAUCUGCACCAUAGAUGUCUACAUGGUCAUGGUCAAAUGUUGGAUGAUCGAUGCCGACAGCAGGCCCAAGUUUAAAGAGCUGGCCGCUGAGUUUUGCCGAAUGGCUCGGGACCCCCAGCGAUACCUCGUCAUUCAGGGAGAUGAUCGUAUGAAGCUGCCCAGCCCCAAUGACAGCAAGUUCUUCCAGAGUCUUCUGGACGAGGAGGACCUUGAGGAUCUGAUGGACGCUGAGGAGUACUUGGUCCCGCACGGGUUCAACAUGCCCUCGUCCACCUGCACAUCCAGGCUCCAUGUGGACUCAAACAGGAAUCAGUUUGUGUACCGCGAAGGCGGCUUCGGCUCGGACGAGGGCUCCGGCGGCCGCCAGCACAGGGUGGGCAGUUCCAGCUGCAGCGGCGUCUCCGAGCCCUCCGGCACGCCAGGGGGCGCUCUGGAGAGCCUGGAGGACCAGCGGUGCAACGGAAGCCUCCAGAAACAGCCGACAGCCCGCGUGGUGGAGGACAGCAACGGCCAGCGCUACAGCGCCGACCCCACCAUCUUCCUGGGGGAGCGCGGGGCCCGGGGGGACACGGACGAGGAUGGAUACAUGACCCCAAUGAAGGACAAGAGCUCCACAGAGUAUCUCAAUCCCGUGGAGGAGAAUCCCUUUGUCACCCGCCGCAAGAACGGAGACAUUCACGCUCUGGACAACCCGGGGUACCACAGCACGCCCAACGGUCAGCCGAAAGGCGAGGACGAGUACAUCAACGAGCCGCUGUACCUCAACACCUUCCACAACACCGGAGAGGUCAACCCCGAGCUGCUGAAGAAGAACGGCAUCCCCAUCCCGAUGAAGUCCAAGAAGACCUUCGACAAUCCCGAGUACUGGCAGCACAGCCUUCCGCAGUCCAAGUCCAGCGGCGGCCAGCAGAACCCGGCGGCGGACCCCACGCAGGUGCCGGGGAACCCCAAGUUCUUCUACAAACAGAACGGGCGCAUCCGGCCGGCCGUGGCCGAGAACCCCGAGUACCUUUCCGAGUACGCCCUCAAGCCGGGCACCGUGCUGCCGCCCCCGCCGUACCGGCAGCGGAACACUGUGGUCUAGUCCUCGGAGAAC